AUGACUUCACCUAUAACACUCGUUAUCGGAGCCUCGCGAGGCCUCGGCCUCGAACUCGUGAAGCAAAUAAGCCAAGACCCUUCCCAGCAGGUAAUCGGCUCAGUGCGCAAACCCACAGAUCUCGGCACUGCCCCAAAUAUCAAGUCAAUCGUCCUAGACCAAGCAGACCGAAGUUCCGUGAAGGCAGCCGCAGCCCAAGUACCGGAACUCGACACCCUGAUCAUCAACGCUGCAAUUGGCGAUAACGAAAAGGUCCUCACGACCUCGGACGAACGUCUCGCGGAGUAUUCCAACGUGAACGUGGGCGGUCCACUGCGAGUAGUUCAAGAAUUUUUGCCGGCUCUACUGGCGCGCCAGACGCGAAAGAUUAUUGUAAUUUCAUCGCAAUCCGGGUCUUUGCAGACCCAGAUCAAUGCGGUGGGCGGAUUCAGUGGGCCUUACUCCAUCUCUAAAGCCGCUGUGAAUAUGGUUGUUGUCCAGCUGCAUAAUGAGCUCCGCGAUCAGAAAUUCACUUUGCAGGCUAUUCAUCCUGGCUGGGUUGCGACGGAUAUGGGUGGAUCCGGGGGAUGCCUAUUCCGCAGUCGGUUGAGGGUGUUUUGA